UUUCUCCGUCCCCUGAAGGCUGAGGGCUGAGUUUCACCAGAGCACAGCCAAACCAAGCUGAUGGCCACCAGGCAGGCCAGAGCAGAAUGAUCACAAUUUGCUGGUCUGAAAGUGUCCUUCUUCACUGUACCCCAAAUUGGGGGUUCCUAUUGGUGUUGAACUGACGCCAACAACCAGGGGAAGAGAAUGAAAAGGGCUUCAGCCCAGCCUAGGGUUUCCUCGGACUGACAAUGGGGCGUGACUCCGGGAGACAGAGUGACAAACGGCUCUCAGAGCAGGAAGAGGGGUCAGGGCAAACUCCCAGGUCCCCAGGCCUGGCUCUCAGGGUCUCAACCCCAGGAACAGUUUGGGGCGCGGGGAGGAGGAAGAAGUCAGUGUUGACGAAGUUUCCGUUGCACUGGGGUUUCAUUUCCUCUCGCAACCUGUGUUCUGUCAUCCUUCCUGGAUACUCCUGACGUGUCACCAGUUCUCACUCCCAUUGGGUGCCCGGUUUCUAAAGAAGCCAAUCAGUGUCACCGCCCUUCGGGUUCUGUUUCGGUUCCGUCCGCGGAAUUACCAGGACGAGCUCACCCAGCCUCAACCGUACGCCCGGAGAAUGCACCCAUGAGCUCCCCAGCCAUUCUUUGGCUGCUCUUGGGGGUCUUGACCCGGACCUGGGCUGGCCACCACUCCCUGAGAUACUUCUACACCGCCGUGUCCCGGCCCGGCGGCCUGGAGCCCCGCUUCGUCGCGGUGGGCUACGUGGACGACACGCAGUUCGUGCGGUUCGACAGCGGCGCCACACAUCCAAGGAUGGUCCCACGGGCGUGGUGGAUGCAGCAGCCGUGGGUGGAGCAGGAAGAUCCACAGUAUUGGGAGGUAGAGACCGGGAACGUUAAGGAAACCGCACGGAGUUUCCGAAUGAACCUGAAAAAGCUGCUCAGCUACUACAACCAGAGCGAGGCAGGGUCUCACACCUUCCAGUGGAUGUAUGGCUGCCAAAUGGGGUCAGAUGGGCGCUUCCUCCGCGGUUAUGACCAGUUUGCUUACGAUGGCUCGGAUUACAUCGUCCUGAACGAGGACCUGCGCUCCUGGUCGGCGGCCAACAGAGAGGCUGCUCAGAUCUCCCUGCGCAAAUAUCAGGCUGUGGAUGAGGCGGAGGUCCAGAGGAACUACCUGGAGAGGGAGUGCAUGGAGUGGCUGAGCAAAUACCUGGAAAAAGGGAAGGACACCUUGCAGCGCACAGAUCCCCCAAAGACACACAUUACCCACCACCCCAUCUCUGACCGUGAGGUCACCCUGAGGUGCUGGGCCCUGGGCUUCUACCCUGCGGAGAUCACCCUGACCUGGCAUCGUGACGGGGAGGACCAGACCCAGGACACGGAGCUUGUGGAGACCAGGCCUGCGGGGGACGGGACCUUCCAGAAGUGGGCGGCCCUGGUGGUGCCCCCUGGAGAGGAGCAGAGAUACACCUGCCAUGUGCAGCACGAGGGGCUGCCCGAGCCCCUGACCCUGAGAUGGGAGCCACCUCCUCAAGCUGCCAUCCUCAUUGUGGCCAUCUUUGCUGUCCUGGUCCUCCUUGUGGUCAUUGGAACUGUGAGGUGGAGGAGGAUUCACUCAGGUGGAAAAGGAGGGAGCUACACUCAGGCUGCCACUCCCAGGGCUCUGAUGUGUCUGCUAUAGGCUUCUAAAGGCCCAGGAAUCCCUGCACAGACUGUGGUAUCAAAAAUGAAUUUGCGCCCUGGCCGGUUUGGCUCAGCGGUUAGAGCGUCGGCCUGCGGUCCGGAGAGACCCGGGUUCGGUUCCCGCUAAGGGCACGUACUUCGGUUGCAGU